CAUUUUAAUUUUUGAUCAAAUUACUUGUACCACGUUGAUUGACAACAUUAUCGACCGUAUUAGUAAGUAUGAAAUAAUGUAAUCAAUGAUGCGAUUAGUAAGUAUGAAAUACCAUAUUAUCAAUCACACACAUGUUACAUUACUCUUUAAAGUAGUUUUUUUUAUUAUUUUUAAAUAUGGAAUAUUUAGGAAUGAUUUUAUCCUUUUAGAGAUCACUUUUUUUGGAUGUUGACUAAUGGUAAGAAUCAAGAGGAAUGGUCAAGAAAGAUUGUAGAAAUUAAUAGGGAAAAGGAAAAUCUCAGAACUAAGCUAAUCCAAUAAAGAAAAUCCAAAGUGAGCAAAGAAGGCAAAUAGGAAUUUCGACCGUUGAAAGGGAAAGGGGCUCCCCUCUCUUCCCUCCCCACGUCUCAUUCUCAUCUAUUUGCUUCAUUUAGAUUUCUUCGUUGUGCAUAUAUAACCAAACUCCCCCAUUGCAGUUCUAAAUAUUUUAAUUAAUUCCCUAAAAAAAAAAAAAAAUCAAUUAAUAACCAUGGAAACUGUCCUGCCCUGCCCUGCAAAUUAAAGCCAUUACUUCAACCCAAGCAGUCUGGUAGGUCCAGUUUCACACCCCCAUAUAGGGCUCAACCUUUGCUACAUUAGACAUCAGUAUAAGAAAAAUAAACCCAACAAAACAAAAAAAGCAAGAAAGCAAGGAAAGGUGAAGAAUUUUUUUUUUUGAGAGGAUGGCAAUGGAAGCUGAGAAGCUAAAUGUUGUGAUUUUAUGUGUUUUUGUAAUUGCAAUAACAAUCCCAACAACAGUGAGGGCAAACAUUGCGGAUUUUGAUGAGCAUUGGCAGCAGAGAGCCGCAGAAGCCAAGAAGGCCGCCCAUGAAGCCUACCAUGAUGAUCCUAUAGCAGUCACCGAGCAUUUCAACAAGCAAGUCCUUGACACCUUCGAUUAUGCAAACAACACAAGAAGGAACUUGAACCAGAAGUACAAGGGUCCAUGCAUGGCUACAAACCCUAUCGAUCGUUGUUGGCGAUGCGAUCCAAACUGGGAAAAAAAUCGCAAGAGGCUAGCCGAUUGUGCCCUUGGCUUUGGGCGCAAGGCAACUGGAGGGAAACUUGGACCAAUAUAUGUGGUCACAGAUAACACCGACGCUGACCUAGUGAACCCGAAACCCGGCACACUCCGCCACGCUGUGAUUCAAAAUGGGCCACUUUGGAUCAUAUUUGCUCGGGACAUGAGGAUAAAGCUGACCGAAGAGCUUCUGGUGGCCAGUGACAAGACCAUUGAUGCACGAGGUGCUAACGUGCACAUCCUCGAUGGCGCCCAAAUUUCAUUGCAGUUUGUGAAGAAUGUGAUCAUCACCAACCUCCACAUCCAUAACAACAAGCCUGGAAAUGGCGGCAUGAUUAGGGACUCUAUCAAUCACUUUGGACAGCGCACGCGUAGCGACGGAGAUGGAAUAUCCAUGUUUGGAGCCACAAACGUUUGGAUAGACCAUGUCUCUUUGUCAAAUUGCGCAGAUGGGCUCAUUGAUGCCAUCCAAGGCUCUACGGCCAUCACCAUAUCCAACUGUCACCUCACCAAUCAUAAUGAUGUAAAAAUCCAUCUGUUAUUGCAUUUUACAAAACUAACCCCAUUUGUGAAAUCAUGCGUGCUACUGAUUAUAUAUAUUGUGCAGGUGAUGUUGUUUGGUUCAAGUGAUAGCAACUCUCAGGAUCAAGUGAUGCAGAUAACUCUGGCUUUCAACCAUUUCGGGAAGGGGUUGGUUCAGCGGAUGCCAAGGUGCCGGUGGGGAUUUUUCCAUGUCGUCAACAACGACUACACUCAUUGGCUUAUGUAUGCCAUUGGUGGCAGCCAACACCCUACCAUAAUUAGCCAGGGCAACCGGUUCAUUGCUCCGUCGAACCAAGCGACUAAAGAGGUGACUCAUAGGAACAAUGCACAAGAGGGCGAGUGGAGAUCAUGGAAUUGGAGAUCAGAGAAUGAUCUUAUGAUGAACGGAGCAUUCUUUGUUCAAUCCGGAAGCCCCAUUAGGAAUCUCCCAAAGGCAGAUAUGAUCCAGGCAAAACCUGGGUCAUUUGUGACCAGGCUCACACGCUUUGCCGGUCCUCUUAAAUGCGUUAAAAAUAAGCCAUGUUAAUGCGUAUGUGGGAAUAAACAAAAAAUGAAAAUUGUAUAUAAAUGUAUGAAGCUCAAACUGAACCCUGUUCAGAAAUAACAGAGGUUGUAGCAGUAGACAGUGAAGAGUAACACUGUCUUCUUAUUGCUUUUGUAGUUUCAAUUAUAGGGGGAUCUGACAGUUUGGGGAAGAAGGGAAAAAUAAAGGCUUAGAAUUGGGAGAAACAAUGCAAUUGAUAUAAUUUCUGAUUUCAUCGGUUGAUUUAAUUUGUUCUUUCUAGUCAAGAUAUGUACUUUGAUAUGUUCUACAACUCGACUUUCUCAUUCAUGGUGAAGAAAUGGUUUGAACUUAUGAAUGGUGUGGCAGCAACAUGUUCUUAGGAUUUACUCACGCUAUUGUUACGAGUCGUGCUUUCG